AUGACUGAGUCGUCUUUCACAGCAGGCCCUUCAUCUCAGCCAUCAUUUACUGAGCUACCAUCUCAGGCUCUUCAUGCUCCUGAUCAUCCACCUUGGAUGGAUUUGUCGACACAGAUCAGCUCUCUCGGGACUCCAUAUUUGCAACGUGCUAAAGCUCUAGCUGAUGAGCUAAAUGAGGCAAGUCGUCCUCUUGCCCCAGCAGAAUUUAAUGCAAUAAUCUAUCGCAAUAUUGGCUGUGACUAUCAUGUCAUUAUUACUGCCUUAAAUCUUCGUUCUGAACCAGUGUCAUUUCAUGAACUCCAUGGUCAACUUAUAGCUCAUGAAAUUUUACUUAAGAGCUCUACUGAUCUUCCUCAAGCAAACAUGCCAAUCUCAGCAUUGCUCAUGACUAUAACGGACAUGACCAACUCCAUGUUGGUAAUGGACAAGGAUCAGGUGUCUAAGAAAAUCCUCCUACAGGGCCCAAGUGAAGAUGGAGUGUACACUUUUCGCCCUAAUGUUAAGCAAGCAUUUACAGUUGAAGCACCAACCAUGGACGAAUGGCAUGCUGCUUUGGGACAUCCUCAACGGUGUAUCCAUCUCAAGCUCCAAAGGACUCUUCAAAUUUCCCGUGGCUUCACAUUAAAAGUGUACCUCCAUUAUCCACGGGUUCUGUUGGAAAUUCAGUCCUCACCUUUGACCAUGCCACUCUCCUCUCACUCUCCUAUCCCACAACAAUCACCUUCCUCAUAUUCAACCACCGAUCAUCCACUAUCUCUUAUUGUUGAUCUCACCCAUUAUCUAGCUCAAUUGAAUGUUGUGUCUUCUACCUCAACCUCUCCUCCUCAAAUUCACCUCAUGCAGCUUCGUUUUUCCACCAUGCAAAAACGACAUGCUUGUCUUUCCACCAAAGCUAAAAAUUACCUUAUCACAGAACCACAAACCUUCACUCAAGCCAAACCAUAUGCUGAAUGGUGUGAUGCAAUGCAAAGUGAAAUUAACGUCUUGCUUCAGAAUCAUACAUGGGUUCUUGUUUCUCGACCUCCAGUUGCGAAUAUCAUUGGUAGUAAAUGGGUUUAUCAAACUAAAAGGAAAGCUAAUAGGGAGAUAGAUCGGUUUAAGGCUCGGCUCGUUGCGAAGGGUUACUCGCAGCAGCCUAGUAUUGACUACACUAAGACCUUUAAUCUUGUGGUUAAAGCUACUACAAUUCGGACUAUUUUAUCAAUUGCUACUUCUUCAAAUUGGCCAAUCCGCCAACUUGAUAUCUCAAAUGAGUUUUUACACGGUUUUAUUGAUUCAAAUAUUUAUAUGGAGCAGCCCAUUGGCUUUCAAGACUCUUCACAUCUAGACUAUGUGUUUCAAGACCUUGGAUCCCUUCAUUUCUUCUUGGGUAUUGAGGCACAAUUUUCGACUAGUGGUCUUCUCAUCACCCAACAAAAGUACAUUACUGAUCUGCUGGCCAAUUCUAACAUGUUUAACUGCAAGCCUUGUCAUACACCUAUGUCGACCAGCCCUUCACUUUCCAAACUCUCUGGUGAUCCUUUAUCAAAUGCAGAGCAAUAUCGCCAAGUGGUUGGAUCCUUGCAGUACAUUACUCUUACCAAACCUGAUAUCUCAUUCUCGAUCAAUAAAUUAUCUCAAUUUAUGCAUCAGCCCACUCAAGAGCAUUGGACAACAAUUAAGAGGUUGUUGCGUUAUCUUAAGGCUACUGUUGGUUUCGGUUUGUUCUUCUCCAAGCAUUCCACUCUUGAUUUGCAAUGCUUCACUGACAGUGAUUGGGGUGGUUGCCCCGAUGAUCGUUGA